GCUCCAGCGUCUUUCUCGGGGCAUCCUGGGAGAGGCCAUGCUCCGUUUGGCAGUGCUGGUGCCCCUGGCGGCCGCCGUAGUCAGGACACGACUGCGGCAAGGGCAAUCGAGCGGUUGGCAGGACGACCCUUGCAGCUGCGCCCAGUGCAUCGGCGAGCGCCGGAAUGAAGGUGGGGAUGGCACUGUAGGCUUCCAGUGCUUCCCCAGGAGCUCAGGCUUGGCGGACUGCCGCCAGACCGAGGAGCUCGCGGAUCGGGCGGUGCAGAGCGCAGAGCUUGUGAGUUACGACCGCUACUGCAUCUACACUUGCAAGCCGCUGUUGACCAAUGAGAUCAAGCAGUCGGUGGACUGCGCGCAUUUGAGCCACGCGGAGGUUGCGCAGGAGGCCCAGAGCCCUUCUUCUAACGGUCAGGAGAUCGUGUACGAGGCGCACCCGCUCACGAAGGUGGGUCCCAUCUCGAAGCUGGUCCCAACAGAGGCCGAGCAGGGCGCCACUGUGCUGGCCUCCAUGGGAGCGGGGGCGGACCCCGUCAGCGCCAUCCGCGGCGCCAUCGCCUCCUUGAGGAAAGCCGAGGCAGAUGCAGGAGGCCUCAGCCCCUACACGCUGCCAAAGGCUGCUCAGGCACCUCCACUCUGUGUCUGCCAUUGUGGCAACCGGGUGAACCGCUUCCGGCAGAGCGAGAGUGACGGGGUGGUGUACCCCAAGCCUCACAAGGUGAAGCUGCCCUCCGUCACUGCCACAGCAUCUGCCGAACCCCUGCGGCCGGCCAUGCCCCCGCCUCCGCCAGCAGAGCUCCCAGCGCCCUGGAUGCCGCAGGGCUUGGAGCCCGCCCUGCAGGA